AACAUCCUAAAAUUGACAGAUAUUAAGAGAGAGAAAGAGAGUAGGUGUGACGAGGCACUUAGGAUUGGUACUAACUAAAGCACCUCUGAAAGUGACGAUCUAGUUAGUUACGGUUACUUUCUUUGGGAACUCAAUACACACCAAAAAGUGGAGUCAAGAACAAUGGCAGGAAGGAUCAAAUUAGACGGUUGUGGCUACGAUGUCACAACUUCCUCUCAACUCUGCAUUUCAACCAUCAAUUCCUACUAUCAACAGGUUCUCAGCUACGGUAGAGAGAGGCGUGUGAUUCUAGAAUCGGUAACCCAUGAUAACUACUGUGUGUUAGCCAACACCUUAGCAGCUCAUUUUAUCUACUCCUCUGAUUCUUCUCGUGCUACCUCUUUACUCCACACCGCUGAGUCCCGUCUUGAACACGCAACCUUGUACGAAAAACUAGUUUUCGAUGCCAUCAGUUAUUUGAUGUCUGAAGAUAGAGAUGAUGAUGUAGCUGUUGACUUGCAUUCUAAGCUUCUAAAGGAGUUCCCAAGAGAUUUGGUUUCUGUAAAGAGAGCACAGGUCUUGUGCUUCUACAUGGGUCGGCCUGAUCUUUCUUUAUCCCUUGUUAAUCAGGUUCUACCUCAAAACGAAGGAGAAAGUUACAUAUAUGGCAUGCUUGCGUUUCCUUUGUUAGAGCUUGGACGAAUGAAAGACGCCGAGGUAGCUGCCAAAAGAGGAUUCGAAAUCAACAACCAAGACGGCUGGUCACAACAUGCUUUAUGUCAUGUUCUUCAGUACGACUGCCGUUUUAGAGAAGCUGUUAAGUUCAUGGAAGAAUGUUCAUCAUCAUGGAGUUCUUCCUCAUCUUUUAUGUUGACACACAAUUGGUGGCAUGUAGCACUUUGUUACUUAGAAGGCAAUGCUCCAAUGCAAAGCGUGCUCGUGGUAUAUGACAAUUAUAUAUGGAAGGAGUUAGACAAAACCGAUGCAGCGGCUCCUGAGGUUUACUUAAAUGCUGUGGCUCUGCUUCUGAGGAUUUGCGUACGUGAUGAAUUGGACUUUUUUGGUGAUAGGCUCGAGAAGCUUGCAGAUCGCCUAGCUGUUCAAGCAAACUGGUAUUUAGAGUGGCACCUUGAUGUAUUGACAGUUUGGGCUUUGGCAAAGACUGGACAAAUUUCUAAAUCAGAAGAUCUUCUUAAGGGCUUAAAAGACAGGAUUUUGAGAAUGACUAAAAAGAAGCAACAAAUAAUGCAGAAAGGAAUGAUGCUUGCAGAAGCACUCUUUGCAUAUGGAAGAGGCGACUACAGGCAUGGACUGGAAUUACUUGGUCCAGAUUUUGAUGCCAAUGAUUGCAAGAUAAUUGGUGCAUCUGAUGAACAAGUUGAUGUAUUCAACGAAGUUUGGUACAUCAUGUUGCUGAACACCGGAGACGCAAUGAAGGCUAUUGAAGUAAUUGAGAAGAAAAUCAAGAAGAGAGACGGCACUGCUUUCUUAUGGCGUUUGCUGGAGAGAGGAUAUAAACUAGCAAAGAGACCAGAAGCUGGAAUUGCAAAUGAGAAAGCCAAAGUUUUUGAGAGUGCUUAUUUCAAUUAAGAGAAUAAUCAUAUAAUCAAAUAAUAUCCGGUUGAAUGUGAAUGCAUAAGCUAACAAUGCAAAAGGGAGUCUUUAGCAUGGUGCAAUAUAUUAUUAUGAAAUAAAUCUAACAUAUAGUAUAAAAAUAAAUGCAACUCAUGAGUCAUGACAAUGACAAUGAGGCUUUGCUUGUGGUUGGUUGGGAGGUGCCAACUUUUGAUUCUAUGAAUGAAAAAUAUGCGUUGAUAUGGUUGAAACGCUUUCAGAA